GUGGAAUUUUCCCUCUCCCCUUCUCCCCCUACCCUCCCCCGCUCCAGUGGCUCGGCCUCUGCCCUUCCUCUCACCUGGGCCCAUGCGCGCGAGCGCAGGGCGUGUCUCCCUGCGGGCUCUUCUUUGGAAACUCUCCUGCCCCAGUCAGUCGCGGGGUGGCAGGCGGAGCAGGCGGCGCGCUGCAGGGACAGCGGGCGGGCAAAGCGCUUCAGCCGCCGCCGGGACUUGGGCGAGGUCUCUUCCCCUGCAGCACCAUGGACAGCAGCCCCCUGGAGCAGCUGGACGCCGCCGGCUUCCUGCACAUCUGGCAGCGCUUCGACGCCGACGACAAUGGUUACAUAGAGGGAAAGGAGCUUGAUAAUUUUUUUCAUCAUCUACUGAAGAAACUGGGCACAUCUGAUGCUAUAACAGAGGAAAAGCUUCAGAGGGUGAAAGAGCAAUUCAUGUCUGCCUACGAUGUCACUGCAGAUGGACGUUUACAAAUACACGAGCUUGCAUAUAUGAUCUUGCCAGAGGAUGAGAACUUUCUGCUGCUUUUCCGUCGGGAAACACCCUUGGACAACAGUGUGGAGUUUAUGCGGAUUUGGCGCAAAUAUGAUGCUGAUAGCAGUGGAUUUAUUUCAGCUGGCGAGCUCAAAGACUUCCUGAGAGAUCUCUUUUUGCAGCACAGAAAGAUGAUUCCUGAGGCAAAACUGGAAGAAUACACUGAUACAAUGAUGAAGGUCUUUGACAAAAAUAAAGAUGGACGAUUGGAUCUGAAUGACCUGGCAAGGAUUUUGGCACUCCAGGAAAAUUUCCUCCUCUUCAAUUAAGAAUGGAUGCUUGUAUCAGAGAAAGGAAAGAAUGAUUUUGAGAAAAUCUUUGCACAUCUCGAUGUUAGUAAAGCAGAGAGAACGGAAGGUCCAGAAGUCGAUGGAUUUUUCUCUCCCAACAAUGAUUCUUUCUUUUGUCUCCAGCCCAGCAUUACUGGUGUGGACCUGGAUAAGUUCCGUCAGAUUCUGCUCCAUCAUUGUGAUGUGAACAAGGAUGGAAAAAUUCAAAAAUCUGAAUUAGCCUUGUGUCUUGGGCUUAAAAUGAACCCAUAGAUUUGAAUGCGCUUCACCUAUUGUUUGCAAUGUUUUCUUUGUAAGAACUUGCUGCUGCCGGUAGAACUCUUUCAGUGCUGUGUUAAUAAUCUGUGUGAUAGUGCUGAACGUGGAAGAUAUAGGCACCUCACUGCUGUAAUAAAAGUUCAUUUGCACCAGGAUGCCACAGAGUGGAGAAUGCAUGAAGGGCCUUUCAAUUCAAUAACUAGAUUCACAUUGUUCAGUAGAAGAAAUUACGUGUGGGGCCUCUGUAUUUUUUAUAAAUAAUGUCCACAUCCACAGACAUACCAGUUUAUCAAAAAUGGGGGAUGUCGUUCCAUUACUUCCUUCAUAAAAUACUGCCACAAUCAAUUUUUUGGAGUAGGAUGAGUUUUUCCUUAAAAUGUAAGAUUAGUGCUCUCAUACUGCAGCUGCUUUCAUUGCCUGAUUUUUAUGAUGACUGCCUUCUAUGUGAAGUCACUAUAUUUCUAAACGUGAUCAUUGUGCUUGUGCGUACAGCAUUAUAAUAGUGGAUGGUUUGCAGUUUAUUUGUGCAAGAAUAAAAACAGCAAUUA